AUGGAUGGAAUACUCAGAAAUUUUUCUAAAUUGCUUUCGGUGCAAAGCCCAAUUCACCAGUUCAACAGGACUUUAAUCAUACUUAAACGGCGCCAUCCUGUUCAGUUACAAAAGAAGAAUUCCAAACAUAAGCCUAUUUUGAAAGGAAGACAUUUUGUCUAUGAUAUCGUGGAAAAUCCAGAAAGAAUGAAACAAGAAAAAAUUGAUGUAAUACUAACGCAAUAUGUUGAAGGAUUAGGGCAUCAAGGUGAACUAGUAAGUGUUCGGCCAACAUAUGCAUAUGAUCAAUUGCUUCUGCCAAAAUUAGCUAUUUAUGCUUCUCCUGAUAAUUUGGAAAGUAUGAAAAAUAAUUUACACCAAACCAAAGAUGAAGAAAAACCAAGUUCUAUUCACGCUCUUCAAACUGCAAAGUAUUUAAAAAAAAUGGUUGUUAGUGUAAGCAUGAAUAAAGACGAGCCUUGGACAAUUGAACCUUGGCACAUUAGAGUAUCACUACGAAAAAUGAAUGUUCACGUAUUAAGUGAUGAUUCAAUAGAGCUGCCAGAACAUCCAAUUAGUGGACCUGAUUUUACUUUAGAAGGAAAAUCCUUUGUUGUGUAUAUUACUAUAAAUAAGAAAGAAAAAGUCCCAGUGGAAUGUAAUCUUCAUCAUUGGAGUACUAAACUUGCUGAUCGAUUACCUCGAACAAAAUUCUUUACUAGAACACCAAUAUCCAUUCUUCCUGAGCAGACCGAACUUUUAAUGUCAAUGAGAGGAAAUAUAAAUAAUAAUUAA